AUGGCUGCAAGACUCACAGCCCAGCAGUUGCUGGAGGCUGCAUCCGUAUCUCCAGAAAUUUUCGCCCUACGCCCAGAUUAUCGCGCCCUGCUCAUGGUUGUCGAGGGACUUCCCUCAGGCCCGAGCGAUGCUUCUAGCGAGGCAAUGUUGCGGGAAGCCGAAAAUCACGUCAAAGAAUUGCUGAGUAACUCAGAUGUGACCAAUUUCCCACACAUAGCUGCAUGGAGAGACACCUACAAAGCUUUUGGCGCCAAGCCGAACAAAACGCGCAACAGCCUCGAGGCAUUGACCCGGCGUGCAGAAAGUGGCUUACCGCGUGUCAAUCGGCUGACGGACAUCUACAAUGCGAUUUCAGUCAAGCACCAAAUCCCACUGGGAGGAGAGGAUCUCGACAAGUAUGACGGCUCGCCAUUUCUAGUCCGUGCUACAGGCAAGGAACACUUCCAGACAUUCUCAAGUGGAGAAUCUGUGGUAGAAUCUGCAGUCCCUGGGGAACCGGUUUGGUGCGAUGCCACCGGAAUCACGUGUCGCCGUUGGAACUGGAGACAAGGCCCUCGCACCGCCCUGACAAAUACUACGAGUCGGGUACUCUUUAUCCUGGAUGCUUUGGAGCCAUGCUCCGAUGAAGAUCUCACCCGGGCGGCAAAUGAGCUUUCAUCGGUGCUGCAACGUCUGUCGUCAGAGAUACAGAUAUCACGCCGUAUCGUUGAUGCUUCAUCUUGA